AUGUUUCCAUCAAGUCAAUUUUCUAGUUUUUCUUGAGAAAUGGCGGAAUCAAUUGAAUUCUUUGAGUUAAACACAGGAGCCAAAAUCCCCUCCGUUGGGUUAGGCACAUGGGACGCUGCCCCUAACGCCGUCGGCGAGUCCAUCACCACCGCUGUUAAGGUUGGAUAUCGACACAUUGAUUGUGCUCAUAUAUAUGGGAACGAGAAACAGAUUGGUGUCGCUCUGAAGAAGGUUUUUGAAGAUGGUUUAGUGAAACGUGAGGACUUAUGGAUCACCUCCAAACUCUGGAACACUGAUCAUGCACCAGAAGAUGUUCCAAAGGCUUUGGAUAGAACUUUGCAAGACCUGCAACUUGACUAUGUUGAUCUGUACCUUAUUCACUGGCCAGCACACCCUGACAUAUUACCCAGCACAUGGCGAGCAAUGGAAUCAUUAUUUGAUUCUGGCAAGGCUCGAGCUAUUGGAGUUAGUAAUUUCUCUGUAAAGAAGCUUGAAGAUCUGCUAGCUGUUGCUCGUGUUACUCCUGCUGUUAACCAAGUGGAGAUUCACCCUGUAUGGCAGCAGCCAAAGCUUCAUGAAUAUUGUAAAUCCAAGGGAAUUCAUUUAACUGGGUAUUCACCACUAGGUUCCUCUGGAACAGGAAUUCUCAAGAAUCGUAUUCUCACUACAGUUGCUAAGAAAUUAGGCAAGACUCCUGCACAAGUUGCUCUUCGUUGGGGACUUCAAAUGGGUCACAGUGUAGUGCCUAAGAGUACGAAUGAGGCAAGGAUCAAGGAAAACUUUGAUGUUUUUGACUGGUCUAUUCCUGAAAAUUUGUUUGCCAAGUUUUCUGAAAUUGAGCAGAUGAGGCAAAUAAGUGGCAGUUUUUUAGUUGGCAAGACUUAUGGCUUUUUCAAGUCAGUGGAAGAACUUUGGGAUGGUGAGCAGUGAGCAGAGAGAUGUUUCAAAGAUUGGAUUUUUCCAUUUUGGCUUCUUCUAUCUUGUAUACAAAGAUGUCGAAUAUUUCUCCUGCUUGUAAUUUGAAAUGCACUCAAUAAGAAGAUAGAUAUAGCCAGAAGAAUUUGGGAUAGG